AAAGUUUGGCCUCAACAUCUAAAUUAAUAAAUAUUAACAGUUUUUAAAACCAAUUAGGCUAAGCACUGCGGGAUAAAAUGGCUAAUACAAGUAUUUACCCGGAGGCAUUAAGCAUCUGCAAGAUGUUCGAUAUGUCCGAUGAGCAAAUGCAAGAUGUUGUCCAACGAAUGACCAAGGAAAUGUCAAUGGGUCUAACAAAGGAGACUCAUCCACGAGCCGUAAUCAAGUGCUGGAUUACCUACGUGCAGGAUUUGCCAACCGGGAAGGAACGUGGAAAGUAUUUGGCACUUGAUCUCGGCGGUACAAACUUCCGCGUCCUACUUGUACACUUGAAAAGUGAAUACGAUGUGGAUAUUCAGUCGAAAAGUUACGUUAUGGGACAGGCCUUGAUGACGGGAUCCGGCAAGGACCUGUUUGACUUCAUUGCAGAGUGUCUAGCAAACUUCGUUCAAGAGCAUAGAGUUGACAAGGAGGAUCUGCCUUUGGGAUUUACUUUCUCAUUUCCGGUGCAACAAUUGGGUCUCACAAAGGGUAUUUUAGUUACAUGGACGAAAGGUUUUAGCUGUGAUGGUGUUGUUGGAAAAAACGUUGUCGAACUAUUGCAGGAGGCUAUCGUCCGGCGCGGAGAUCUUCGAAUUAAUAUUGUCGCUAUUUUAAAUGACACAACAGGCACUCUGAUGUCCUGCGCCUUCAAAAAACACAACUGCCGGAUAGGACUGAUCGUGGGAACCGGCUGUAAUGCGUGCUAUGUGGAGAAAACAGCCAAUGCCCAGGUGUUCGAACACUAUCAAACGAGUGCUAAGCCAAAUAUGAUUAUUAAUUGUGAGUGGGGAGCAUUCGGAGACAACGGAGUCCUUGACUUCAUCCGCACUCCGUACGACAAGAUAGUGGAUAAACAGACGCCCAACGUAGGGAGACAGACAUUCGAGAAAUGCAUAUCGGGCAUGUAUCUGGGCGAGUUGGUUCGUCUAAUCAUAGUCGAUCUGAAAGAGAGGGGCAUACUUUUUAAGAACAUCGACUCGCAAGUUCUAAAACAAAAAUGGAAAUUCGAAACCAAAUUCCUAUCAGAAGCAGAGUCCGAUCCGCCCGGCUCAUUUCGUAAUAUGGGCCAAAUUUUGGAUCAAUGCGGCAUUAGAGGUGCAACCGAUAGUGACAAGGCCUGUGUGCGAUAUAUUUGCGAGACCAUAUCUCGUCGAUCAGCGAAAUUGGUUGCCUGUGGGCUAGUGUGCCUAAUAAAUCGAAUGGGUGUCAAUGACCUGUCCGUAGGCAUCGAUGGUAGCGUCUAUCGCUUUCAUCCCAAAUACCAUAACCUGUUGACGGAGUAUAUGAACAAGCUAUUAAAGUCGGCUGUUAAAUUUGAGCUUGUCCUUUCUGAGGAUGGCUCUGGACGUGGCGCAGCGUUGAUUGCAGCAGUCGCAUCUCAAAAGUAGAAGCCAACUUGAACUCUAUAGAAGAUAACAAGCCGCCUCUGCCAACGGGAUGGCCUUCCAUUGGACCUAUUUCAUACGUAAAAAUGUCGCAUUGCCUUUACCUGCUCUUUUAAAUAUUUUAUAUACAUACAUAUGGGCAUAUAUUUUGCAUA